AUGUCCUGGGCACAGGGGUCCACAUCUGGGAUUCUGAUUUCCAAGACAAAUGUCACGGCCAGCUGUCGCCAUAUCUCCGGAGUCAUGACCCUCCUGGGUUUGGUCCUUGCUCUGGCUACAGCAGGAGGAAGCCUGCUGCUCACAACUGCUGGCCAAGGUUUGCGGGCAGCAGCUGUGGUCACCAGCAUUGUGACCCAGAUGUUGGAAAACUCACAAUCAAAAGGCCUCUGCUCAGGCGGGCAUCCGGGUGCCCAUUGGAAGGACAUCCACGCCCUCCAAGUAGCCAGAGCCGAGCCCCACUCAGUCACUGCUGCCGAAAUUCUCCUGACCCAGGGCCGCAUUGCAGCCAGGAGCAGCAGGCAGGUGCAGAAGGCUUUCUGGGGCACAAGCCAGGCAGCUCCGAAGGAGGAGUGGAGACAAGUGAAGCAUGGAGCAAAGGCAGCGCUUGCAGAGGAGCUAGCCCAGGUGCAGGAGCUGACGGAGUCACGGAGGCCGCUCGCCCAGUUCUAA